AUGUCUUGGGACGACGAAGAUUUUGAAGUGCCUUCCGCAGCAAAGGAGAAGCCAGUGUUGGAUUCUUGGGACGAUGAGUUCGCUGAACAAGACAACGAUGAACCAGUGCUAGAAUCCUGGGACGACGACGAAACUGAGAAAAAACCCAAGCCUGCCGCAGCCAAGCCUAAGCCAGCAGCACCAUCCAAGAAAAAAACAGACCCUUCUAAGAAGGUUCUGCUCGAAAUCGACACGCUAGACGAGAAAACUAGAAAAGAAUUGUUGAAGAAAGCCGAGGUUGAGUCGGACUUGAACAACGCAGCAGACCUUUUCGGCGGCCUAGGAGUCGCCGAGGAACACCCUAGGGCCCGUGCCGAAAGGGAAAGACAACAGCUGGAGGCGCUUUCGAAGCCUGCUGCCCUCACAAAGGACACCCCAAUCGAAUCGCAUCCAUUGUUCCAAAACUUGGAGACCAAGAAGGACUACCAGAACCUCAGAAAGGCAUUGGCCACCGCUAUCACAAGCACAAGCAGCAACUCGCUCUUGAACUACUCCGGUGGACUAGCCAUCGACUUGAUCAGAGACAUCUCCAAGCCAAUGGCCAUCGAGAACAUCAGACAGACCGUUGCAACGUUGAACGUCUUGAUCAAGGAAAAGGAAAGAGAAGAGAGACAGGCCCGUUUGGCGCGUGUCAAGGGUGGUACUGCCACCGGUGGUGCAGGUAAGAAGAAGGCCAAGGCUGCUAGAGCUAACCUUGGUGGUGCUUUCAAGAAAGACAACGACAUCGACAUGGGAAACAGCAACUUUGACGAUUUCGGAGAUGACGACUUCAUGUAG